CUCCGCCCCUAUCAGGGUGGGGCACUGUUGCGUACCACCCACAUGGGCGUCUCCCCGCUGUCUCUUCUGUGCAAUGGACGCCCUGAAAUCCGCCGGUAAAGCCAUUCUCCGGAGCCCGAGCAUCGCCCGGCACACCCGCCGCGUCACCCGGCACCAGAAGCUGCCGGAGAGCUGGACGGACUCGCAGGAGUCGCUCCUGGAAGGUGUCAUCUUUCACCUGAAGUACCUCGGCAUGACGCUGGUAGAGACACCGAAAGGCGAGGAAAUGGCGGCUGCUGCUAUACGCCGCAUUAUCACCAUGACCCGAGCCGGCGCAAAUAAGCUGCAGAAAGUGGUAUUAACGGUAACGCCACGGGGAAUCGCUCUACAAGAUGCUGCGUCCGGGAAUCAGAUAGAGAACGUCUCUAUAUACAGGAUCUCCUAUUGUACGACGGAUAAGGUGCAGAAUAAAGUCUUCGCCUAUGUAGCCCAGAACCAGAGUAAUGGCGCCCUGGAGUGCCACGCCUUCCUGUCUCCUAAGAAGAAGCUGGCCCAGACUGUGACCAUGACCGUCGCCCAGGCAUUCACAAUGGCUCUGGAGCUGUGGCAAUCUGCGAGGGAAGGGAAGGAAGAUUCGUCCCAGGGAUUUCUUCAGGCUGCAGAGGUCCGGCCAGAUCACUCCGCCCAGAUUCCAGAUGCCUUCACUUUGGAUGGUGACCAGCCAGUGCCUGCGGAUGUAUGUUCUGGAUCCCUGAAGACAUUCCCGCACAGGGAGGACGAGGAGGAGGAGGACGGGUUUGGUGAUCUGGAUGAGGACUUCUCAAGCUGCUUUAUGGAGGAAUGUGCAGACACAAUGGACUGGCAGAUGCCGGCACAGAACAGCCGGGAUACCCUGAGGCAGUGACGUGAAAUUUCCUGGUACAAAUUUAUCUGCAGGAUAUUCCAAGAUACACAAAUCAGUCAUUUUGGCAACUGGACAAGGAGAAACCACGUCCAUCGGACAGAUUCCACCCGCUCCACUGGUACAUGGUCCAUUGGACAGAUUCAACACGCUCCACUGAUACAUGGCCCACCAGAGAGAUUCCUCAAGCUCCACUGAUACAUGGCCCAUCGGACAGAUUCCUCACACUCCAGUGAUACAAGGCCCAUCAGACAGAUUCCUCACCCUCCAGUGAUACAAGGCCCAUCGGAAAGAUUCCUCAAGCUAUUCUGGUUCAUGGUCAAUCAGACAGAUUCCACCAUUUCCACUGAUACGUGGUCCAUCGGACAGAUUCCACACGCUCAAUUGAUACAUGGUUCAUUGGACAGAUUCUACAUGCUUCACUGAUGCAAGGUCCAUGGGACAGAUUCCACACGCACAUGGUUCAUUGGACAGAUUCCACAUGCUCUGCUGAUACAUGGUCCAUCGGACAUAUUCCACAAGCCCCACUGAUGCAUGGUCCAUCAGACAGACUCUACAAGCUCCACUGAUACCUGGUCCAUCAGACAGACUCUACAAGCUCCACUGAUACAUGGACCACCAGACAGACUCUACAAGCUCCACUGAUACAUGGACCACCAGACAGACUCUACAAGCUCCACUGAUACAUGGUCCAUCAGACAGACUCUACAAGCUCCACUGAUACAUGGUCCAUCAGACAGACUCUACAAGCUCCACUGAUACAUGGUCCAUCAGACAGACUCUACAAGCUCCACUGAUACAUGGUCCAUCAGACAGACUCUACAAGCUCCACUGAUACAUGGUCCAUCAGACAGAUUCUACAAGCUCCACUGAUACAUGGUCCAUCAAACAGACUCUACAAGCUCCACUGAUACAUGGUCCAUCAGACAGACUCUACAAGCUCCACUGAUACAUGGUCCAUCAGACAGACUCUACAAGCUCCACUGAUACAUGGUCCAUCAGACAGACUCUACAAGCUCCACUGAUACAUGGUCCAUCAGACAGAUUCCUCAAGCUUCACUGGUACAUGGCCCAUCGGACAGAUUCCUCACACUCCAGUGAUACAAGGCCCAUCAGACAGAUUCCUCACCCUCCAGUGAUACAAGGCCCAUCGGAAAGAUUCCUCAAGCUAUUCUGGUUCAUGGUCAAUCAGACAGAUUCCACCAUUUCCACUGAUACGUGGUCCAUCGGACAGAUUCCACACGCUCAAUUGAUACAUGGUUCAUUGGACAGAUUCUACAUGCUUCACUGAUGCAAGGUCCAUGGGACAGAUUCCACACACACAUGGUUCAUUGGACAGAUUCCACAUGCUCUGCUGAUACAUGGUCCAUCGGACAUAUUCCACAAGCCCCACUGAUGCAUGGUCCAUCAGACAGACUCUACAAGCUCCACUGAUACAUGGUCCAUCAGACAGACUCUACAAGCUCCACUGAUACAUGGUCCAUCAGACAGACUCUACAAGCUCCACUGAUACAUGGUCCAUCAGACAGACUCUACAAGCUCUAAUGAUGCAAGGCCCAUUGGACAGAUUCCAUAGGUUGCACUAAUACAAGGUCCAUUGGACAAUUAUAAAUAGCUAGUGAUACAACA